CUCAGCACUCAACUGUCCACAAUGCUCAGGUCUGCAGUUCCAGGGACGUCCGUGGCUCUGAUGGAGGCGCUGCUACUGCUUACAUGGAUGGUGCCGGAGCUGGUGGAGACCGUGACAUGUCCCCGCAUCUGUAAGUGCAGUGGCUCAUUUGAAACCGUUUACUGUGGAGAGAGUGAGCUACUCAAAGUGCCGCGAGGCAUUCCCACCAUAGCACAGGUACUGAGCCUUCCUUAUAAUAACAUCAGUAAACUGACCAAGAACCAGUUUGUAACGCUGAGGCAGUUACAGACCUUACAGCUCGGAUUCAACACCAUAUCGACAAUAGAGGCAGAAGCUUUUAGAAAUUUGGAAAAUUUGCAAACGUUGGAGUUACUGAACAACAGAUUAUCGUCUGUACCAACGUCGUCGUUCAAGGCAAUACCGGCUCUGAGGGAGUUGUGGUUGCGUGGCAACCCGAUCACGUGUCUGGAUGCGAUGGCUUUCUAUCCUCUCAGUAGUCUGAGGCUGCUGGAUAUAGGUGAGAUGAGACAGCUUAAAGCUGUUUCUAAGGAUGCCUUUGCCGGGCUAUCUAGGCUGGUCUAUCUGAAUAUGGCUGUAUCUAACCUGGAAAGUGUGCCUUACCUCCAGUAUCUUACAAGUUUGGAGGAGCUGGACCUGUCAGGGAACUCCAUUCAAAUGCUGAAAUCUGGAGACCUUGUGGGUUUGAAGAGGUUGAAGAGAUUAUUGAUGGUAUCGACGAACUUGAGCAAAGUAGAAUACAACGCGUUCAAGGAUCUUUCGGAGUUAAGAGAAUUAGACCUAUCUUACAAUAACCUGACACUUCUACCGCUGGGGCUCUUCUAUCCGUGCUAUUCGCUCAAGAAGGUCAACCUAGGUAGAAAUCCUUGGAACUGCUCAUGCCAGGUCACGUGGCUCGUCGACUGGCUGAGCACACAUGUACAAAACAGGACAGACGGGUCAGUAGGGACGUGCCAAUAUCCGGACAGCCUUCGUGGUAAAUAUCUGUUCGAGGUACAGUUCAUGCUGAUACAGUGUCCUCCUGUCAACGUUACCAGUCCAAAUGUGGAGGUUCCAGAGGGAGACAGUGCCACAAUGUACUGCAACGCUGGACAGGAGACUGCCGUCAGCUGGAUGACCCCGAACGGUACAGUCAUUAGGCACGGCUCGUACAAAGUCAGGGUCCGAGUCUUCAACGACGGGACCCUGAACAUCACCAGUGUGACCAUGAGUGACUCGGGUCUGUACAGGUGCUUGCCCCAGAAACCACCGGCCUACGCCGAUAACGACCCGUUCACGACAUUUCUGAAUGUCCUACCGACCAACAUUCCCCGCCGAUGGACCAUUCUAACCAGUACAGAUUUUCCGCUAGCCGAGGAACCUUUGGACACCAGUUCCAUUAACGCCAAUUUCUGCGCGUCGGUCACCAGAAUAGAUACCGGCGAGGAAGACCGAAAUUGGCGUAAUGGGACGUCCUUAAUCGAUCAGCCGAAUGGUACUUUUGGUCCUAAUAUCUUCACUUACCCUGGAGGUGACAUCCUCAGACCGGGAGACUACAACUUGAAUGAGACGCCCCGCACCGACUACAAAAAGUAUGUUAUAUCAUCCAUAGUGUCUAUCCUGUCCUUCGGAUUCUUACUUUGGACCGUGUGUUACUUGGGUGUGAAAUGUUCAAAAGUACGAGAGAGGAGACAGCAGGAGAGGAACUAUCAGCUACAGAAAAACUGCAACUCCACAAACCACCAUCCAGCAAUAGUGGAUCUCUACCAGAUUCCGGAAGUAGAGAGCAUCAGUCCCAGCAAGUCAAACUGUACCACGCUGUCUACGUUUAAAGAUCCACCACCGAUGGAGACAAUAGUAUAG